GAGGCUCGGUGGGAACGCAGUCAACUGGACAGCUUCCUUAUGAAGGUCGACACCAAGACCUGAGGAUGAACCAGCAUCGGAGCCAACUUCUAUAAAAUGGAGUUCGCCUCUGUUUUACCUACUAAUGUGGCGCUUCAGUUCAACGAGACGACGGUGGAAUAUGACGACGCGGAUGAUCCGGAUGCUGUCACGUUGCUCUCCAUACUGCUUGUCGGCAUAUUCCUCUCGCUGCUAAUAUUCCUGAGCGUAGCGGGCAACAUAUUAGUCUGCAUCGCAAUCUACACGGACCGAGGGUUGCGACGCAUCGGCAACUUGUUCCUCGCAUCGCUAGCGAUCGCUGAUAUGCUGGUAGCUGCUGCUGUUAUGACCUUCGCUGGGGUUAAUGACCUGCUUGGGUACUGGGUAUUCGGCGAGCAAUUCUGCGACACGUGGGUGGCCUGUGACGUCAUGUGUUCCACGGCCUCCAUACUGAAUCUGUGCGCCAUAUCGCUUGACAGAUACAUACACAUCAAAGAUCCUUUGAGGUACGGGCGCUGGGUGACCCGUCGGGUGGCAGUAGUCACCAUCGCCAUGAUCUGGCUCCUAGCUGGCCUAGUGAGCUUCCUACCCAUAUCCCUAGGCCUCCACAGGCCUGAUGAAGAGGCCCUGGCUACUCAGAAGCCGCCGAGAUAUCCCACUUGUGCGCUGGUCUUGACUCCGACAUAUGCAGUCGUGUCGAGCUGUAUAUCAUUUAUUUUACCGUGUAUUGUGAUGAUUAGCAUAUAUUGCAGACUAUACUGCUACGCACAAAAGCACGUGAAAUCAAUCCGUGCCGUAACCCGGACGGUUCAAAUGCCGGACAACCGGACGAAAUCCGUCCGGACCCGCGUCCAUACUCACGUACAUUCGUCACCAUACCACGUGUCUGAUCACAAGGCAGCCAUUACUGUAGGCAUUAUAAUGGGAGUGUUCCUGCUCUGUUGGGUGCCGUUCUUCUGUGUGAAUAUUGUCGCUGCGUUUUGUAAAACGUGUAUUCCGGAUUUGGCUUUCAAAAUCCUAACGUGGCUCGGAUACUCGAACUCGGCAUUUAACCCGAUCAUAUACUCGAUAUUCAACACAGAGUUUCGGGAAGCUUUCAAGAAGAUUCUGACCUCCCGAUACCCUCUCUGCUGUGGUUACCAAAGCGUUCGAGCCAAUACUCCAACGAGGAAUGACAACUUCGUCACAGACUAUGGGACUAAGACCCUAGUUGUGCGCCGAAGUGGGUCGUUGGGCCUGUCAGGCGUUGACCCCACUCCAAGGUCAUCAGCUGAGUCAGUAAGGCCUCUAAGAGAGUACCACAUUUGA